AGGGUGGUGUGGGGAGGUUAUACAAAUAGCAUUCAUUGGAGUUCUGUUGUCGUGGAAGUUCUCUGAGCACACACACUUGUUCCAUAACGGAGCAUUGGUGUGUUGUAUUUUUAGCCCAGUAUAAGGUGUAUGAGCUCAGUCUGAAGAUGUCUCUUAUAGAAGGUCUUCUACAGACAUCAAGCACAGUGACACUGCUGGGUACUGUGCUGUUUCUGCUGGUCCUCUACCUCCGCUCCUCUGGUUCCAGCUCUGAGGAACAGGGGAAGGAGCCUCCAGGACCCAGGCCGCUGCCCCUGCUUGGUAACAUGCUCCAGCUGGACCUCAAGAAGCCCUACUGCACUCUCUGCGAGCUCUCCAAGAAAUAUGGUUCCAUCUUCACGGUUCACUUUGGACCCAAGAAAGUGGUUGUUCUGGCAGGAUACAAGACGGUCAAGCAGGCGCUGGUCAACCAGGCAGAGGACUUUGGGGACAGGGACAUCACACCUGCGUUCUAUGAUUUCAACCAAGGACAUGGGAUUCUGUUUACCAAUGGAGACUCAUGGAAAGAGAUGAGGCGCUUUGCCCUGACAAACCUUAGAGACUUUGGGAUGGGCAAGAAAGGGAGUGAGGAGAAAAUCUUAGAGGAAGUCCCCUACCUGAUCGAAGUGUUGGAAAAACAUGAGGGUAAGGCAUUUGACACCACCCAGUCUGUGCAUCAUGCCGUCUCCAACAUAAUCUCUGCCAUUGUCUACGGCAGCAGGUUUGAAUACACUGACCCCCUAUUCACAGGCAUGGUGGACAGGGUCAAUGAGAAUGUUCACCUUAUAGGUUCUGCAUCAAUUCAGAUGUACAACAUGUUUCCCUGGUUGGGUCCGUGGAUAAACAACCUGACACGUCUGAAAAAGAAUGUUGCUGAUUUGAAGAUGGAGGUGAUAGAGCUGGUGAGGGGCCUGAAGGAGACUCUGAACCCUCACAUGUGUAGAGGCUUUGUGGACUCGUUCCUCGUCCGAAAGCAAACCCUGGAGGAAUCUGGCAAAAUGGAUUCUUUCUACCAUGACGACAACCUGCUAUUUAGUAUUGGUAACCUGUUUGGUGCUGGUACCGACACCACCGGGUCAACACUGCGCUGGGGUCUGCUGCUAAUGGCCAAGUACCCCCAUAUACAGGAUCAGGUCCAGGAGGAGAUCAGCAGGGUUAUAGGAAGUCGUCAAACCUUGGUAGAGGACAGGAAGAACCUGCCCUACACUGAUGCAGUGAUCCAUGAGACCCAGAGACUGGCCAACAUUGCACCCAUGGCCGUCCCUCACACCACCAGCCGAGAUGUCACCUUCCAGGGAUAUUUCAUCAAAAAGGGGACAUCUGUGAUUCCUCUACUGAUGUCGGUCCUACAGGAUGAUAACGAAUGGGAGAGCCCCAACACCUUUAACCCCUCACAUUUUCUGGAUGAGCAGGGAGGAUUUGUCAAGAGGGACGCCUUCAUGGCCUUCUCUGCAGGUCGUAGGGUGUGUCUUGGGGAGGGUCUGGCCAGGAUGGAGCUCUUCCUCUUCUUCACCUCCCUCCUGCAGCGCUUUCGUUUCUCUCCUCCUCCUGGAGUAACAGAGGAUGAUCUGGACCUCACACCAUCCGUGGGGUUCACCCUCCACCCUUCACCUCACCAGCUGUGUGCUGUGAGCCGGGUCUGAGAUUUGAACAUGAAAAUAUUGGUGGGGCAAAAACUCAAUCAAAAAAGCUAAAAUGCAUCGAAACCACUACACAUUAAAUGUACCAUUAUAAUAAAUAAUCCCAGAAAUGAGUUUGCGCGACACACAAACAUUAUUAUAUUUAGUUUAUGAUCGGUUCAUAGGCACCUUCCAAUAUCUUUUACAUUUAAUUACACUGAAGACUACGGUAGUGGAACAUAUUUUUAUAGAGUGAAGUCUAUUUUACUUCAUUUUCAGCAUCGGUCUGCAGUAUUGCUAAGUAUUGCUAAGAGUAUUGGGACGCAGUCCAACACGUUCUGAGGGUAGUUGCAUCCGCCUGUCUGCUUUUUUGACAACACCCCUUUUUGAUUUGAACGAAACCUUCCACACAUAUUUGCCAAUUGUAAAAGUGCUCAGAAAGUGACUUAUUAAAUAAAUAUUUUUGUUCUCAAGAAAUUUGACGACCUGGUUGUCGAUAAACCAAAAUACAAAUGUAUUUGUUGCUGGUAUGUACUGCCCCCCUGCUGCCAUCGCGGAUGCUAUUGGUGCUAUACUUUGAAUGUUUAAUACCUGUUCUGUCCUCGGAGUUGGUCAUUUUAGGGGAUUUGAAUCUGGAUUAGCUAUCCCUGGCUGCAGAUCAAUUUACGUUUAUAUGCAUAGAUUUGUAUCUUACUCAAUUGAUCUCAAAACCCAUGUGGCCCUGUUAACUCUUCAUUGAUUGAGUUAAUUCUUACUAAUAACCCCCAUAAAUAUUUGUGUAGUGGAGUAUUUGCAUAUGAUCUCAGUGAUAAUUGUCCCAUAGGAUGUAUUAGAGAUACUACACGGCAAAAUAUUAAUCAUGGUUUAAUUAAGAAUAUAUAUUUUUUAAAUGUUUCUGCUGAAGGGUUUUUACAUAACAUGUUCUACUCUGAUAAAACCACUGUCUCCUGUUAUCCUGACCAUGAGUUUGCUCUAGAAAAGGUCUCCUCAAUAAAUAAAUAUAUACACUACCGCUCAAA